AGGUACUUUAGUAUUUGAGCAGGAUGUGAUUGGGCUGAACUGUCAUUUCACACUUUUCAAGCUUUGAGUGUUUGGCUUGGAUUUUUCCCGACUCUACAACCUAUUCAAACAGUGAACUUGUCAUCAUCUGUGUAUUCAGUUUGGAUCAAGCUCCAUUCUUCCAGCACCACAUGGCUUCAGCUUGGCCUGAAGAAGACACCUUUGCCUGCUCAGUAUGUCUGGAUGCCCUGAAAGACCCUGCCACUCUCCCAUGUGGUCACUCAUACUGCUUGGUUUGUAUCCAAAACCACUGGGACAAAGGAGACAGCAAGGGUCAGUACACUUGUCCCCAGUGUAGGCAGGUUUUCAACCCUCGGCCCUCGCUGGCCAAGAGCACGGUGCUUGUUGAGGCCAUGGAGAAGCUGAGGACCAACAGCUUCAAGCAAAGCUCCUUCACAGCGGCCUCCUCAGCUCCAUUAUCAAUGCCCAUCUAUUUGGAAGUCCUACCAGCUAUAGGACCAAGGAAAGGCAGCAUGUACCCACAGCUUCCUUUAGUGGAACCCAGAUUAUGCCCUCAACACAACCGACCCCUGGAUCUGUUUUGCCAUGAAGACAAGGACUGUGUGUGUGAGCUUUGCUGCCAACAUGGACAUAAGGGACACCGUGUGCUCAAGCCACAAGAAGAGAGACAAGAGAGACAGAAAGAGCUCAUUCAGAUGCAGGCAGAGGUUCAGAGAAGAAUCCAACAGACUGAGAGGAAGGUCAAUGAGCUUCCACAUGCUGCUCGUCAACACAAGGCCUUGGUGCAGGCUCUGGAGAAGGAGAGCUCAGAUUUAUUCUCUGAAAUGGUCAAGAACUUGAAUCUAACAGGCACUCAAGCUGGUGAGCUCCUUAGCUCUCAUGAGAGUGCAUUAGGCAGCAGUGUGGAAGGACAAAUCCAGCAACUGGAGCAGGAAGUGGUGCAACUUCGCUGGAAAAGUGAAGAAAUGAGCAGGCUGGCCAACAUGCAGGACCACGUCUGCUUUUUGAAGAAUUUCCUCCUCAUGGAGCCGUUGGGUCAGACAGGCGUGCCAGGAGAGUCGUUGCUAAGUCAGGAUGAGGCUGUUGUUGCUUCCAUCCGCUCUGUCAUUAAAGAACUACAAGACUCUAUGCAGGACCUUUGCAAAGCCACUGUGGCCAAGAUUGCCACGUUAGUGAAUCUUGAUGCAGUGGCUCCAGCACCCAACGGUGUGGCAACAGCAGGUGCAGCACUUGCUAAUAACUCUGAUCAGGCCAAAGCACAAAACACAGUGUAUGAAUCCACAACAAACCCUCCACCUUUGCCACCACCACGACCUCAAGCUGCUGAGCCUUCAAGGUUUAGGUCAUCUGCGAGUCAUAAAGCCACAGCCCCACCUCCACCACUCCUUCCUCCUCCUCGACAGCAAGCAUCUGGAACAACAACAACUGGACUUGUGACUUCAGAGCCAAAAACUAGAGAGGAAAUGCUAAAAUUUCGCUUUGAACCCACCAUGGACCCCAACACGGUGUACCGCCACAUGCAGUUGUCAGAUGAGGGUCAUAAGACCACAAUGCGGGCUGAAAACUUGAACCCACCAGACCAUCCUGAACGUUUCAUCUUCUGGAGACAGGUCCUCUGCAAAGAGCCCCUGGCAGGAAGUCCUUACUACUGGGAGGUGGAGUGGACUGGCCAGAAGAUUACCAUUGGUGUUGCUUACAAGGAGAUGGAGCGUAAGGGUUCGGAUAAUAAAAGCCGCUUGGGCCACAACACCCUGUCCUGGAGCCUGUACUGGUCUGGAACUGGCUUCUCCUUCUGGCACAAUGACCAGGAAAAACUGCUGGGCUCACCUAAGGCGAGAAGGAUUGGUGUCUAUCUAGAUCAGCAUGCAGGGAUUUUGAACUUUUAUCGCAUUGCUAACAAUCAGGCAAUUCUUAUUCAUCAGCACCAGACAGAGUUCAAGGGACCGCUGUACCCAGGAUUCAGAUUAUGGGGAGGAGUAGGGAAUAUGCUGACUGUUUGCAAGUUGGACUGAGCCAAAUAGAAACUAUGUGCUGCUGGUAGUUGAUGUAACCUGCUUGUGUGGCCGAAGGCAUUUGAAAUUUCAUUAAGUCAGUGAAGGUUUUCUUGCUCUGAUUAGGGAUGUAUGCUUUACAAAAUGCUCUUUAUACACCAAACUGCAUUCAUGUCAUGUAAAUCCUCAAAAAUGAAGUAAAUUAAAGUAUAUAUAUAUAUAAAAGCA